CCUCGCUCACGGACUCACUUUUGGCGAAGUUCCUCGGCGGCGUAUCCCAGAUGUCAGCUCCCGCUUUCUCUUCUGAAGUACCUUUUCCACGGACGGGUCAUGUUAGCAGUUAGCUUCCCUGUUUGACCCACAGGUGUUCUACUUCGCUGCAUUUAAAAAAACUGUCUUUCACCUUAAUUCAUACCAUAGCGAGCUUUUUUCACCUUUUAACACCUUACAUCCGGCUUAUUAUUGACUUAACUGGAAUCAACGCCGCAACUUGAGGACGUUUGAACAGGUUCCGACAUGGAUGAGGUGGAGAAAUACAAACGACGACUGGAGGCUAUCGCUGAGAGGCGACGGCUGCAAGAGGAAGAGGACAGAAUCAGGCGAGAGAUGGAAGAUGAGAAAAUAAGACUUCAUCAGCUCAAGAGGAAGUCUCUCAGGGACCAGUGGCUGAUGGAAGUCGCACCAUCUCCACCAACUUCUCCCGCAGCCCAGAGCCCCCUCUCCCCUUUUUGGGGGUCCCCAGCGCAGCAGAUGGACAAACACAGAUUGUCUUCUGCAACUCAGCGGUUGGAACAGAACAUAAGGGGACAUAAAGAAGACAGCCACAUGGAGAAAGUAAACUCUGCAAGGGAGCAACUAGAUAUGGGCCGAGUCACUGCUGCUGUGCACAAUGGAGAGGCGACGGGAUCAGCCACCAGACAUUUUCAUGAAGACACCACAGUGGUCGUCACAAAUGGAGGAGCAACUCUGGACAUCAAGGAUGCGUCAACGCUUCCAUACAUUCAGAUCACAGCCAGCAGACAAGGUGAAAGUCUCACCUCCAGCUCCGGUGCUGGUCCAAGCAUUGACAGCGACGGCGAGGAAGAGGAGAUGAUGGUGAUGAGGGCGGAGUGUGUCAUCAUCACGGACGAAGAGGAUGAUUCAGAGGUGGACAUUCUACGGUCAGAAGAGAGUCUAGUCUUUGAGUCUGAAGCCGUACAGACGGCGGUGAAGCGUGAGGAAGAGUCAGAGGAAAAAGUGGAACCCGCUGAUGAGACAGGACCCGUGAAACUGGACGGACAUGACAGUGGAUCAAGGGAGCUCAACGGUAAUGACCCUCAGGAGUCAGUGCUCAUACUGUCCGAGGAAGAACCUGCAGAAGGCGCCCCAGUGGCCCCGGUGCCAGUCUACUCUGAGGUGCAGCCUUGUAUUCUGCCGUCAGAGCAGGAACCUAAGCAGCAAGUGGAACUUGGCGCGACGACAACUCAGGAGUCUGAGAGCCCGUCUGGGCAGUUCCAGGAGGUUCCCCUGUCCGACGCCCAAGCAAACCACAGGUCAGCGCCGGCGGCUGAGGAGCAGAAGCCGCUGCUCUCACAUGCCAAGGAGCACAGCACACUGGAGGUGGAACCAGACGACAUCAGCACAGAGAUCCACGGCGAGACGAGACCCAUCAAGAAAGAGACAAAGCCCAGACAGACAAAAGCCUGCCAGUGCUGCUCCAUCAUGUAGACCCCCCAGUCCUCCCAGCACUUCAGAAACCCCUCCAGACUGGAGAGAUGAUCGACUCUUCUGAGAGAAGAACUGACUGACUGGAUCUCACAAGUGCCUUUGCAGCUCCUUCCCACUUUUCCAACUCGAAACAGACCCUUUUCACAGUGGCCCAAAGACCAACCCGCUGUUCUACUGACGUCAAACAUUCUGACCAAGAUAUGGAAUCCAUUAGAAACAGUAUGCGUUUUUCUACCAUUUAUAUUUCUGUAGGAACAGCAGAAAAAAUACAAUAUACCAGAAGUGUAUUGGAUUUGGAUUUUAUCCUAAUUUAAUUCAUUGUUCCGACUUAUUUAAUUGAGAUUUUAUGUGGCUGUUGUUAACUCACGUGUUAGAUAUUCUACAGAUGGCAGUGCUCACAUUUAUCCACAUUACGGUGUGAAUGUUUAGUGGAGGUGACCAUUGUACAUGAAUAGAUGUAUGAAUUUGAGCAGAACCUCUGCGUGUGUACAGAUGCUGAGCUUGAAAUGAUGACCAGGUGGUUGAAUGAUUAAACUGAGAUUUAUGGUUCA